UGUAAAUGAACCAUAUCCUCUUUUCUCCACAAAAGUUGAACACAUAUAAUGGCACUGUUCCAACUCUUAUUCCUGGCAAUUAUACUAGCAACUUCCCAUGGCUCAGAAAUGGGCGUUCCCCACCAAAUCCACCUCCUUCGGCCACAAUCCGGCACGGCGGGCCACCAUGUUCCCGGUGUGUCCUGCCUAAGUUGGCGCCUAGGUGUGGAAACUAACAAUAUUAUCGGAUGGACAACAGUUCCUGCGGAAUGUGAAGGGUACGUAGGGCACUACAUGUUAGGACACCAAUACAGAAAAGACUCUAAGAUCAUUGCCGACGAGGCUUUUCUAUAUGCUAAAAGUCUCGAGUUGUCUGGCGACGGCAAAGAUAUAUGGGUCUUUGACAUAGAUGAGACUACACUCUCAAAUUUACCUUACUAUGCUGAGCAUGGAUUUGGGGCUGAACCCUAUAAUUCCACAUUGUUUAACAAGUGGGUGGUCACAAGCAAAGCUCCAGCAUUGCCAGAGUCUCUCAGCCUUUACAAAAGACUACUGUCUCUUGGGAUUAAGAUUGUCUUCAUAACAGGAAGAACUGAAGACCAAAGGACUGUCACAACCAACAAUCUGAAGAAAGCUGGAUAUCACACAUGGAUGAAGCUUGUACUAAAGACAUCAUCUUAUUCAGGAAAGACAGCAGUUUUCUACAAAUCAAGUGAAAGAGGAAAGCUUGUGAAGAGUGGAUACAGAAUUACUGGCAAUAUCGGCGAUCAAUGGAGUGAUCUAUUGGGGACAUAUACUGGAAAUCGAACCUUCAAAUUACCUGAUCCAAUGUACUACAUCAGUUAGUAAAAUUGUUGUGAAAAAAUAUAUUGUCACUAAUUAAGUGGGUAACUUUCAAGCAAUUUAUAAAAAAUUUGUAGCUUCUCCACCAAUAAACUAGCUAUAUUUCCAGCUAGUUUUGAAGAAUUUGUCUAACUCUUUUCUUUUUUUGAUAUGCAUCAUCAGUAUCGAUCUGGAAUCAUUUUAUUUUA